AUGAGGGUGGAAAGGGUGACGCACCGGACCCGCGCCUGGAUAAGCUGGGCGCAUGCCACCGCGAGCGAUGCCCUGAGCAUGGUGCGGGGACAUCUGCAUGCGCUGCAUUUGCGCCAUGCCAGGCGCGCCGCCCCCCAUGCCCGCAGUCAUGCCUGGGGCGCCUCCCACCAUCCCGCCGGGGCGGGCCAUGCCCCCGGGGCCACCCAUGCCCAUCAUGCCGCCCCCCAAUCCGUUGCCUGCUGGACCGAGCGCGCCGCUCGGGCCCAAACCGCCAGGAAGCAUCGCGCCGCCGCCGCCAGGCAUAGCCGAGGCGCGGGGGAACGGCUGAGGGUUGUGCGUUGGAUGACUGGGGCGUUGGAAGCGGGUCGCGCGGUGAGGGGGUGCGCGUCGACGUCGUCGUCGCCGGCGUCAAGAUACGCGGUGUAG